AUGGCUGUCCUCUCAGCCUGCAAACUCUCGCAUGGAGGAGCCCUCUACAAAUUUGACUCCGCAGAAUCUGUCCAAUGGCUAAACGUCCCAGCACACAGAAGCAAGUUCCUGGAACACUUCGGUAUUGAAACCGUCAUCAAGGACCGGUCAUUUAAUGUGCUAGUCGAAAACAUCCCCAUAGCUUUCUCGCCGGAGAACAACGCUGCAUUAGCAGAGGUCGAAACGAAGGCCGGAUUAAAAUCUAAGUCAAUACACAGAGCCAGAUACAUCAAGCCAAUGGCAAGACGCAACCCAGACCAGCGCACAGCGCACGCAAUCUUCACGUUCGGCUCGAAAGAGAGCACAAACCAAGCAAUCAAGUUUGGGCUCUCGGUGGAAGGCAAGAAGGUAUAUGGGAGGAAACUAAUCUCGGAACCCACUAGAUGUUUAAAAUGUCACUCAUUCGACGGAUCGCAUGUGGCAGCAAAUUGUCCUCAAGACAACGAUUCCUGCGGAACAUGCUGCGGAGCACACCGCACAUCAACAUGCUCAGUCACUGACCAGAAUCAAUACUGCUGCAAGAAUUGCGAAGAGGAAGGACACGCCGCCUGGAGUCGGAACUGCCCCACAUUCACAAGCAAAUGGGAGAACCACAAGAAACGGAACGAGGAUGCUAAGUAUCGAUUUUACCUCACGGAAGAUCCACUCACGUGGGAGACACUGACAAACCAAGGACUGUCCAAUGACAGAGAGCCAGAACAACUGACCCGCCAGCAGGCAGCGCCCCAACAACACCACCCUCCCCCGAAUGCUCCAACGUGGGAAUGGCGAACAGUGAACUGA